AUGGCAUCGUUAUCUCGCUCAGCCACCGUCGCUCGAUCAGCGACUCGAUCUUCCCUCGCUUCCACAUCCCGUCUAGUGGUUGUACGAGGAUACGCUACCCCUUCUACAGUCAAGAACGAUGAAGGUCAACAGAUGAUGUUUGGUGGACCACCACCCAAGAGAAAACAUGAAGGUGCAGUGCUGAAGACUUACACCGGGAAAGGAUACCCUUUUAUCCCUUCUUUACGUCACGUCGUCUACCCCUUCCAUCCUCACUUACACAAAGGCGGCCCUCUACGAGAAUUGACCAUCCCCUUACGACGAAAGGGUGGACGUAAUAAUACAGGUCGAAUCGUAAAUCGACAUGUAGGUGGAGGCCACAAGCGAAGAUUAAGGACAGUCGAUUUCCACAGAGUAGAAGGUGGUCAACAUGAUGUGAUUAGAAUUGAAUACGAUCCAGGAAGAUCUGCCCAUAUCGCUUUGAUCAAGAAACGAGGUUCAUCCUCGAGUGCAACCGGUGUAGAUGGACUGGGUAGUAUAGAAGAGAUUGAAGAAGCUUUGAAAGAGGAGAAUCGAAAUACUCAAAAAUCACUUGACGCAGUCAAAGCUGGAUAUAGUUAUAUAGUAGCUCCUGAAGGAUUAAGAAAACGGGACGUGGUGAUUUCCUAUAGAAAAGGUAUACCUCAAAGUUUGAUCAGACAAUUCGAUAAUACCUCUUCUAUUUCGGGUGCGGGAAUCAGUGUGAUUGAAGAGGAAGAAGAUAAAGUAGGAGCAACCGAUACACCCGAAAUGAGAAGAGCUUUAGGUCUAUUACGAACUGUUACUCUCAAACCUGGAAAUGUUCUUCCCUUAUUCCUCAUCCCCCCCGGCACUCAGGUACAUAAUCUUUCAUUAACGACCGAUGGGAAAAUGCAACUGUGCAGAUCAGCUGGAACGUUCGCUCAGAUCGUUUCUCAUCAAUCAUCGGAUGGAAGAUCAAUUGGUGGUGCCGAGGUAUUGACGAUGGGAGGAGGGUUCGAUGAGAAUGGUCAGAGAUUACCUAAAGCAGGGUAUGUUUUGGUCAAGAUGCAGUCUGGAGAAGUUAGGAAGUUGGAUCCUGGUUGUGUAGCUACGAUAGGUGUGGUAAGCAAUAAAGAACAUCAAUCCCGAUCACUAGGUAAAGCAGGUCGAUCUCGAUGGAUGGGUAAACGACCACACGUACGAGGUGUAGCCAUGAAUGCUGUUGAUCAUCCACAUGGUGGUGGUAGAGGUAAACAAAAGGGUAAUAAGCAUCCUCGAUCGAUUUACGGUUUAUUACAACAUGUCAGAACUAGACGACCUAAAGAUAAGGAUGGUAAUAAAUCGGUUGUCACUGAACGACCAAGAGGUAAACAAACCGCUGCAAAGCAUUAA